UCCAUGUGAGAGAGCCGGGAAAACAGGGGAUUCAUUUCAUUUUUCUCGUGUGUGCCUAUCUCUCUCCGCUAUAUAUCAUCCUUCAUCACUCAGAUAUGCUCUACUUGUAACAUUUCUACAACUGUAGCCAAAAGACCAUUCCUUUGUGCUCUUAUGGUGAUGGAUGAUAUUAUCUUUUAUUAUACACUUCUUCUUUGAUCUGUAAUAAAAGAAUAAGAGAGUUUUGGUUUUUUUUUGGGGAAGACAAAAUGGGUAGAUCACCGUGCUGCGACAAAUUGGGUUUGAAGAAAGGGCCUUGGACACCAGAAGAAGACCAAAAACUUUUGGCUUAUAUUGAAGAACAUGGACAUGGAAGUUGGCGUUCAUUGCCCGAGAAAGCUGGUCUACAUCGAUGCGGGAAGAGUUGCAGACUAAGAUGGACUAACUACUUGAGACCAGACAUCAAAAGAGGCAAAUUCAACUUGCAAGAAGAACAAACCAUCAUCCAACUCCAUGCUCUCUUAGGAAACAGGUGGUCGGCGAUUGCGACUCAUCUGCCAAAGAGAACGGACAACGAGAUCAAGAACUAUUGGAACACUCAUUUGAAGAAACGGUUGGUAAAAAUGGGGAUUGAUCCAGUGACUCAUAAACCCAAAAACGAGACUCCUCUUGGUCUAUCCAAGAACGCAGCCACGCUUAGCCACAUGGCUCAGUGGGAAAGUGCUAGGCUUGAAGCUGAAGCAAGGCUUGCUAGAGAAUCUAAGCUUCUCCACUACCAAAGCAAACCAUCAUCCUAUCAUCAUCAUGGAUUCACUUAUAAGACAUUGUUAACUAAUUGGACAACAAAAACAAACCAAGAUCAACAACAACUUGAAUCUCCGACAUCAACAGUGUCAUUUUCCGACAUGAAAGAACCAUCGACCGGAGUCUCCGCGAAGAUGGAGUUCACUGGAUCAUCCACGGGUCUGACUCUGAUGAAAGAACACGAAAAUGAUUGGAUCAGUUCAACGAUUUUCGAAGCCACGCAGAUGGAGGAAGGAGUCGAAGAAGGCUUCACGGGUCUCUUGCUAGGAGGCGAUACACUAGGACGGAGUUUCUCCGCCGAUAAAAACGAGAGGGACGGAGAGAAUAGUGGUGGUGAGUGCAACAACUACUUCGAGGACAACAAGAACUAUUUGGACAGCAUUUUCAACUUCGUUGAUCCUUCACCGUCCGAUUCUCAGCCAAUGUUUUAAAUCAAAGGGUUGAUAUUUCUCCGGGAAUGUUUUUGAUUUUUUUUUAGUUACUAGUAUCUGUAUGAAACAAUCAUAUGAUCGAUCUUUCAUAUGAGAACUUUCUGAAGAAAGAAAACAGUUCAUAAUAGGGUUACAUGUCCAACCGCAUACUGGUGAAUACGAACAACUUAGACAA